UGUGAUCUGUGUUGGUGUGAUGGGGUUGGGAAUUGAAGAGCAAGAAAUAUUCAAGGAAAUAUGAAAUUGUGAUGAGUAGGAAGACAGUACCAUGUGAUUGCCCAAUGGCUAAUGCCUCCUCACCAGACCCCAUUGACUCUUGAGUCUCCAUUAUUGGUUAUAUAUACUCAUCAAAACAGGUUCCUUAGCACCACAAGCCCUCACAUUCUAAACCAUCAAACUUUUCUUUCUUCCCUGUGAUUUUUUCUUUCUUUGAAGAACUUUACAAAAAUGGGUUUUCGCUUUGCUAGCUUAGUUCAUGCCAAGCAACUCAUUCAGAAACCUUUCUCAAGUACAAAAGAUGUUCCAAAAGGGUACUUGGCAGUUUAUGUUGGGGAGAAGAGAAUGAAGAGAUUUGUAAUCCCUGUAUCAUUCUUGAACCAGCCAUCAUUCCAAGACUUGCUAAGUCAAGCUGAACAAGAGUUUGGAUUCGAUCAUCCAAUGGGAGCUCUUACGAUUCCCUGCAAUGAAGAGGCCUUCGUCGAACUUGUUUCUCACUUAAGCGCUUAACAAUGAGAAUGAGUUAUUCAGAAAUAGUAGAAUAACUGCUAACAAUACCACUGAUUACUACAAAUUUUUAAAGGCAUAAAUGCCAAAACCAUGUACAAAUUUUUCCUUGGAGACCAAUAGUAAAGUCUCCAAGAAUGAUAUAAAUGAUACAACUUCACUUUUUUCUUCCC